AUGGGCUCUCAUUCGAUCGAAUCCCUUUUUUCAGAGCUUGACGAUAUUCCUUUGGAUCCUCACUACGCCCUCAAAGAGGACUUUUCGGCCGAUACUUCUCCCUCGAAAGUGAUCUUAGGAUCAGGUAUCUACCGUGACAAGGAUGGAAAGCCAUGGGUAUUGCCGACAGUGGUAGAAGCGGAGGAGAUCGUCAAGGCUUCCGAAGACUCCGGUCGGUAUGACUAUCUUCCUAUUCCCGGCUACGCACCCUUCUACACCGCGGCACGGGACCUCCUAUUUGGAGCCCUCAGCUCACCGGAAGAAAAUUUUGUCUCUGUGCAAACUAUAUCUGGAACAGGCGCCAACUCACUUGGUGCACACUUUCUAUCCAAUGCCCUCAAGCCAUCUGCGGUAUGGCUAUCCAACCCGAGUUGGGUAAACCAUGCAAACAUCUGGAAAUCGGUAGGAGUUGCAGUGAGGUCCUACCCGUAUUGGAACCCAGAGAGAAAGGCAUUGGACUUUGAAGAUAUGAUUCAGACUCUUACACUGGAGACUACUCCAGGAGAUGUGAUUGUACUUCAUGGUUGUGCUCAUAAUCCCACUGGACUUGACCCGACAAAGGAUCAAUGGAAGAUGAUCGCAAAUGUGUGCGAAAGACGAGAAUUGUUCCCGUUCUUUGACUGCGCCUACACACAGGAGCUUACCAGAGAUAACAGCCAAGGAUUUGCCUCGGGGAACUUAGAUGAAGAUGCUUGGGCAUUGAGACAUUUUGCAUUCCGUGGAAGCAUGGAACUUGCAGUGGCGCAAUCCUUCUCAAAAAACAUGGGUCUCUAUGGGGAGCGCGUUGGAGCCCUGCAUCUUCUUACGGGGUCGCCAGACGCAGCGGGCAAGGUUAAAGGGCAUAUACUACGCCUUCAACGAGGACUUAUCUCCCAGCCACCCAAACGAGGAGCAACAAUUGCAGCGACGAUUCUCAAAGAUACUACGCUAUUUCAAAAGUGGCUGGCAGAUCUUUGCGAGAUGAGCUCAAGGAUCAAAUGUAUGCGACAGGCGUUGUACGACGAAUUAAUUUCUCUGGGAACCCCUGGGAACUGGGAUCAUAUAUUGACUCAAAUUGGAAUGUUUUCAUAUACAGGUCUUAGUCCGGAGCAAGUAUCAAGCAUGCGGAACGACGGCCACGUUUACAUCUUGAGCUCGGGACGAAUCUCAGUUUCAGGUCUCAACAAUGCAAAUGUCAAACACGUGGCUCGAGCGAUUGAUAAGGCCUGCAGGAAAGAAUGA